UGGCAACGGUGCACAUGCAUUCAUCCCUAGUUUUUGUUCGAAGCGUGAGCGUCGAUUUUGUUAAUAAAUUCCUUCAGAUAAGCGCUUAUAAAGCAAAUAAUAAAACCAUAAAUAAAUAUGCCGGCUGUGGUGCGCAUAAAGCGCCGCAUCGAUGAGGAGCCACAUACGGCCUUUGUAUUGAACGGCAAACGCCGUCGAUUGCAAAAUGAUGAAAAUGCGCCAGCAACAACAUCGCAAACGGACAACAAAGAAGAGUUAAGUCAAGUGCUCUUAAAGUUUGCCGGCACGCUGGACAAACAGGAUGACAGCGCAACCAAACAAUUUGCGGCAGCGCGACUGAACAAGGAGACGGCCAAGGAGUUGGUGCGUCAGACAAAUGAUCCGGCAAUUGCCAGUGUCCAGCGGCGGGAGAAACAGCGGCAGGAGGCGCAACAGACGGCACGAGAGCAUCGAUACCGUGUGGUCAACUGUCUGCGCACAACGUUGCACGACGAAACAGCCACAGAGACAGAUGCUAUUGAUGCAGCCGCCAAAGAACAAACAGCAACUGAUAACAGGCAAAUCACAAUUGUGGACAUUGAAUCACAGCAACAGCAGCAAGCACAGCACCAGGAGCAGCAAACGCAUCCACAGCAGCUGCAACAGCCGGCGGAUUCGGAUGUUGGUUAUGUGUACGAUUUAUAUGUGCCAGAGAAUGAGACGCAGGCGGCAUAUGUUGAUAUGAUGGAUGACAACUAUCUAAGUCUUCGUCCAGUGGAUGAGAUAGUUUUGGAGGAUUGCUACAAUGAUGCCGACGAGGACAAUGACUCGGAGGACUCGAAUCAGGAGAACUACUAUACCAAUGAUUAUCCCGAUGAUGAUGAUGUCGGUGCCAUGGGAUCCGAUGAUGAACUCUGCCAGCAAAUGAACAAAUUUAUGUUUGAUGAUGAUGAAGAUGAGUUCGCAAGCGGUUCCAGCGAUGCUGAUGAUUACAAUACGUUUCAGGAUCCCUAUGUGCACACAAUCGAUACCGAGCAGGACUCCUUUGUGGAUGAUGUCGACUUUUGCAAUGUCGAUCGUCAGGGCAGCGCCUAUGAGCGCUACAAGCGACGUAUUCUACGCGAAGCCGAAGGACUCGACUCAAAUUCUGAUGAAGAUCCUGAUACUGAUGAAGAUAAUGACAAUCCUGAUGAAUCGCUAUUUGAAAGCGCUAGUGAAAAUGGCCAUAAGAGCGAUUAGGAAUCUAUAAUUUCAGUUUGUAUUGUUUCAAACUAUUUUGUCUAAUGUAUAUUCGAAUAUCUAGUUAAUUUAUUAUCAUGUAUUAAAUAAUUUUUUUGAAUUACUAAUAUGGGCUAUAUCGACUCAGCUCAAGAAAAAAUAUUUUUUUACUUUCUGGGGUCUGUCAAACCUCCUUUAAAGCAAUA